AUGAGUUCGGGAAGCCAAGAACAACAAGGCAACACAUCGGAAUCAAAGAACGAAAACCAUACCUCGAGCGAUACAGCGUCCAUCGAGAAAAAUGAUUCCUUCGAAUGCCCUGAAGGCGGACUCACGGCCUGGCUGGUCGUGGUCGGGGCCUUCAUGAUGUUGGCUUGUUCGUUCGGCAUGAUGAAUACACUUGGAAUUUUCCAAUCCUACUGGGCGAAACAUCAGCUGCAAUCCUAUUCUUCAAGUGCAAUAGGCUGGAUAUCUUCAGUAUUUGUGUUUCUGAGCAUGAUGCUCGGUGUACAGAGUGGCCCGAUUUUCGACAGAUACGGUCCGCGAUGGCCUACUUUAAUCGGAUCUAUACUAUACACACUCUCGAUUUUCUUAAUGGGAAAUUGCAAGACCUACUACCAAUUCAUGCUCUGUUUCGGAGUCUUGGGUGGGAUCAGCAGCUCGCUUCUCUCCACACCAGCAAUCGCAUCCAUCUCACACUGGUUCAAAAGGCGCCUGGGUAUUGCUACUGGCAUUGCAUUGGCUGGAUCCAGCGUUGGUGGAAUCAUCUUCUCCAUUAUUUUGAGACACGCGAUGGACAGUCUGGGCUGGGCCUGGGCACUUCGUGUCCUCGGUUUCAUCUUCCUGGCUUUCUUGAGCCUGGGAAAUCUCUGCGUGAGAGGUCGACUUCCGACGAAGUCGCGGAAAGGAAGCAUUGAUUUACACUGCUUUAAGGACAUCAGGUUCAUAUGGGUCACCACUGGUGUAUUCUUUGCCGAACUCGUUCUCAUUGUCUGUCAAGGCUUGCUCCCUUCCUAUGCAUCGGCACAGGGAUUUGACACAACCACGGGAACUUAUAUGCUCGUCAUGUACAAUGUAACCAGAGGAUCGGCCGUGGGGCGACUGGUUUCCGGUAUCGCAUCCGACCAUGUAGGACCCAUGAACACCAUGUCACUGACAGUGGCAUUGACCAUGCUGAUUACGCUUGUCCUCUGGCUGCCUGUGGGUAACUAUCUCGGUGUGCUCUACCCAGUCUGUCUCCUGUUGGGCGCUGGAACUGGCAGCUAUAUUAGCUUGACAGCUGUGUGCGUGGGUCGUCUUUGCAAAGUUGAGGAGAUGGGUCAAUGGCUGGGGACCUGCUAUUUUAUCGGAAGCUUCGGAACUCUAGUUGGAAUCCCCAUUGGUGGUGAGCUGCUCCAGAUUGCAGGACCAUCAAAACUGGUUGCAGUUCUCGGCGGUAUAUUCGCUGCUUGUCUGAUCAGCUUCCUUGUUGCACGAUGGUCAUGCUUGAAGUAUGAGUGGAAGUGGCUCAUAAAAGUGUGA